CGUCUGAACCAACGGUGCACUUUCUGGGCAGGAUCGCGGCUGUUGAGCGUGACGUUGGGGCAACCGUUUACAAUUAGGUCAUGCCAAAGUAUAAAUGGCAUAGGAUCACAUCCUCGAGCGGGUGAUCCAAUUGGGCAUGCACAAAGCUGA